GGUGUGACUGGGUCACCUUGCUGUACAGUAGAAAAUUGACAGAACACUGUAAACCAGCUAUAAUGGAAAAAAAUAAAAAUCAUUAUUAAAAAAAAAUUAGGUACACUCAGUAUCAGAAGUCCUAGACUAAGGCACUGAGAAACAUGGCAGAGGAAAAGCUAAGCACACUGCGACAGGAAAGCAUACGUGGUGUGUCUGUUUUUCAGCUUUGUCCUGUUUUGUUACCUGUGAAUCCAUCUACUAAAAUAAUGUUACAGAAAUCAUUGCAAAGCUGAGGUCAGGUAAAUACCUGUAUGAUGUGGGAAAACUAUACAAGGGUUCCAUCUGGAGACCUCAGCUGUCUAGGGAGUUGUAUCCAGGUCAUCUGUUCCUUAGCCAGACUCUUUGGGGCCAGGUGUCUUUUAGAAUCCAGCUUUUAGAAGGGGAAUGCUGUUUGCAUGCUGUAAGUUAUGUCAUACUCCAAUGGGAUUCCAGAAACACGGUCAUUUCUGGAGCAAAGUAGAUGAAUAUGCACAUGUAGUUAGACAGAAAAAGUCCCAUCAGCUCAAGUCAGGGUUUGGAACAAAUUUGUUUGGUUGCUUAAUGAAGAGAUUCUGUUUUCACAAAGUUUUGCAUUUUAGAAUCGUGGAUGGGUGUUUAUGAACCUGUCCCAUUGUAUCCCAAUACUAUACUUCAAAGAAUCGUCCAUCCUCUUUCCAGCACCGCCAUCUCCUCUGCCACACACAUGCUUCAUACAGCUUAGCCUUGGGUAUACUUGUCUUUCUUUCACAUCAUUAACUUUCCAUCAGACUUGACAAAAUGCCAGGUUAGCUGUUCACUUUUGGUGGAUGAAGGCCAGGUAUGGAUGGAUUAUGGCCAGCCAGACCUGCCUUCCCUUCGGGGUUGUGCUUCCCCUCCUGCUAUAGGCUUGGAUUGGGGCCACAUCUAUCUAGUCCAGCCCCCCAGGCCCAGGGCCCUGGAUAAUGAAGAUAGUUUGGGUUGGGGUCAAAAGUAUGUCCUUGAAGAAAAAUUCUUAGGCAGCAAUGGUAGAUGUCAUUGUAGCUAACCCUAAACUCCUGCUUGGUAACCCUCAUACCCAUCACAAAAUCUUGCACAAUGAGACCGAACAGCUGCAGGAAGAGAUAAAAACGAGGGCAAGGAAUCCACUAGAGUCACGUCUCUGGAGAUAAAGAUAGUUAGAAUUCAAGAAAGAUAGACAUGAAGAGCAUGACAUGGGCUCACGACUUAGAAGGAGGAUAUCCGUCCAAAGUAAGAUAUUUCAGGCUUAUUCCAAAUUGUUAAAAAUCCUGCAUAAUCAUCUUAUAUAAUUUGCUAAUGGUAUUGAGCAGAGCUUGUUCAUCUUUUAAUCACAAAUUUAACAUCUCCGUUAAUUUCCAGAUUCCAGUGGUGGGUACUCAGAAAAUCGCAACUGGGUGGCAGUGGGGUUUAGCUGGUCUUCCAUGGCACUUCUAGGGAGGUGUGGAUGUGAAUUAAGUACCUAGAUCAGUGUGUAAAUUUCCUUUUGUUGCAUGUGAGCAGGCACGCCUUUACAGCAGCUUUGCUUAGGCAGAACAUAUUUCAGACUGGGGACCCAUUUAGAUCAAGGAGACCCAAUUUCUGCAAAUUAGAAAAAAAGAGAAGAGUGUGGUGUUGCACUGGCAUGAGAGAAAAAUAGCACAUGCUUAAGGGCAGCCAAAAAUUUUGCCUUCUGAAGGCUCUAAUCAUCAGCAAGGCAGUAAUAAGUUCUUAAAGAUCAGUGUGACCCAAAGCUCAGCCUAGUGAAGGAGGUAGUCACUACAGAUGUUUAUUUUUUUAUUUUUUAUUUUUUAAUUUUUUGCUUUUUUAGGGCUGCACUCACGGCAUAUGAAGGUUUCCAGGCUAGGGGUUGAAUUGGAGCUACAGCUACUGGCCUACACCACAGCCACAGCAAUGCAGGAUCCAAGACACGUCUGCGACCUACGCUACAGCUCACGGCAACGCUGGAUCCUUAACCCUCGGAGCAAGGCCAGGGAUUGAACUCGCAUCCUCAUGGAUACUAGUCAGAUUCGUUUUUGCUGCUCCACAACAGGAACUCCCUGUGGAUGUUUUAAUAGGCACUCAGGAACAUGCUAUUCUUUGCUACCUCUUUUUUUUUUUUUUUUUUUUUUUUUUUGAGUUCUGAUCUGCUUACGAGUGACACCAAAACUUAUGUCUGAAGGGGAAACCAUCAGAUGAAAAGGCGUUGAAUCCUUGACACGUGAAAGUACACACCCCACCUUUGCUAGCCAAGACCUCGUUCUUGGGGUGUCUUGGUUUACAUACACCUCCUACUCCAGCUUCAGAUGGCAGUUUCUCUGCAGGUCUUACAACCUCUUCCCAAGAUUCGUUUUCUCUCUUAUCUCCCAACUUGCGAUAGUUCGACAUGCCCUGUCUUGGUUCCGCCAGGAUCAGUUCGCCUUCUCUUGCCAGGCAUCUUCCUUGAAUUGUCAGACAUUUCUUCUUGUUACCACACUUCCUGUCCUCGGAGGGCUGAACCGCAGCACGCAGGGGGCCCACACCUUGUUACUGCUGCCCUUUCAUUCUCAUUUAAAUACAACCCCCGCCUUGCGCUGCAGAGUUGGUGAUGCUGCCCGCCUCCUCUGUUGUUGGGAUGGACCAUCUGAUCCACCCUCUCUUCGUCUCUUGCCCUCUUUCUCCCCAGCUGCCCUGAGAGCAGCAGUUCUCCACGCUGACUGCAAAGAGCAUUGCUUGCAGAGGAUUAAUACAUAGUGACGCCAGCGCCCACUCCCAGUCUUUGGAAUUAACAUCCUGAGGGGCUCUCAACCUGGUGGUUCUUGAAACCUCCCCCAGGUGACAUGGCCAUCACAUCACUGUGAACCACCAGUGUAGAGGGUGCAACACCUGUCUGUUGUUAUCAGUAAUAAGCCAUUGGAGAAGGAAGAGCAGGAAGGUUUGAGAAAAGGAUGGGAAGAGAGUAAAUAAACAGCAACCCUUCCUCAUGCCUCAGGGGCAUGGGUGGGUUUUGCUUUGUUUGGUUUUGCCUUAUUUAGCGAUCUUUUUUUUCUUUUUCUUUUCCUUCUCGCAUAUGGAAAUUCCCAGGCUAAGGGUCAAAUCAGAGCUGCAAGCUGCAGCUGCCAGCCUACACCACAGCCACGGCAACGCCAGAUCUAAGCCGCAUCUGUGACCCAUACUGCAGCUUGCAGUAACGAGGGAUCCUUAACCCAUUCAGCAAGAAAGGCCAGGGAUUGAACUGGAAUCCUCACUGAGUGUCAGGUCCUUAACCUGCUGAACCACAGUGGGAACUCCUAGCAAACUUUUUAAAACAAAGUUGACUUGCACUGUUAGCUUCGGGUGUCCAGUAAAGUGAAUCGAUUGUAUAUGUACGUAUAUCCAUUCCUUCAUCAGUUCUUUCCCCACCUACACCAUCACAGACUAUUGAGUAGGUUUCCCCUUGCUAUGCAGUAGGUCCUGUAAGUGGCACCUACACCCUCCCAGCUAGUGUGACAACUUCUCCCCCAUGGCUGUGUUCUCAUCAGUAUAUCCAUGGUGGCCAUGUGCCCUCCCCCCCGCCCCCUGAAGGCCAGAAACCAUUUCGGGCAUAGCCUGCACUUAUCUUUUCAAGAGGCUGGCAUGCAGGGGCCUGAUUUUCUCUUCCUAACUUCUGCUUCCUGCCUUGCAACCAACUGUUUAUUUUCCAUGUUGCCUUUUUGUAACUCUGUAAAUGGAAGCCAGGCGCCCUCCUCCCUCAUCUACUCUAAGCUCCCUUGAAACUCACUCCCCACAACAGCAGGCACAGGAAAACCAAUUAAAGCUCCCAAGUGGAGAUUUUCCCUUGGCUUUUCCAUUGUGGGAAAGAUGGGUGGGCAGGAUCUUUGCUGGGAAACUAUUAUGUAGAAUAUAAGUUUUCUGAAUUAGGGGGAGACAGGACCCCAGCACUAAAAUGGAACUGUCAUCUAUUCAUAGUUUUCUUUGUAUGCUUGAGGUACCUAUGGGUCUCUGAAAUCUUUCCUUGCACAAUGAGUCCAGGAAUUAGACAGAAAUGCAUUCGAAUAGGCCUCUUUAUAAAGCUCUUUAUAAAACCUCUCCUCUGCAUGUUAUGUGGUCAGAAUGCCUGUCCGUUUUCCGCAGAGCAGCGCACAAGCGCCUUCUCAUGUGCUCUAUUGUUCCACGGUUUCUAAAGGCGCCGAGAACAGUUAUUCCAUGAGUGGGUUUACAAUACUCUCUGGACCCUACUGCUUUAUUUAAUUUAUUUAAUUUAUUGUUAAGGCAUAAUUUGUUCCAAGGAUGAAGAUGAUGCUUUUAUUUCUGUCAGUAAAUAGGAAAAUUUAAGUGGUGAUUUUGACAUUAAUAACAAAUAUGCACAGCUGUUUUAAGAAAAAUUUUGGAAAAUUCAUUUGUGCAAAAAAAAGAUAGAAAGAAGCAGUGCUUCUCUUUACAGACUACUAUGAAGAUAUUGGAAUGAUUUUUUUUUUUUUUUUUUGACCCUGCCCAUGGCAUGCAGAAGUUCCUGGCUGGGGAUCAAACCCACGGCAGUGACAGUGCUGAAUCCUUAACCUCUAGGCCACCAGGGAACUCCAAAACACCAGCUUUCUUUAAUGGGAACAGUUUACAGAAAUUGUAUUUCUGUAACACUUUCCCCAGAGCACAGACGUUGCAGUAAGCAAACUCUGCUCCACAUGUUGGCUGGUUGCAUCUGAGAAAUGCAACUUGUCGGUAACCUCCUGCAUUCAGUGUGAGAGCCCAGCCAAGGCUGGCAGUGCAAGCCAGUGAUUAAUUAAUGUGUUCAUCUGUUCAGCGUACGUUUACUGAGGUCUUUCUGUGUUCCGGGCACUGUGAUAGGCAGAGGAUAGAGCCGCAAACGAGUUAUAUACCUACUCUCACUUUCUAGUGGGAGGAGACAACUAUAUAACUAAGGGAAUAUCUGCAGGGUUAGGUUCUAAGCAGAGGAGUGAAAUACAUUCAUGUUAUUGGGAGUAACUGGGCAGUUAGGGAGGGCCCCCUUGAGGAGGCGACAUUUAGGCUGAAAUGUGAACAGAGCAAGCAGAGCUGGCUGGGACUCAGAGACCAGCCUGGACAGAGCAGCCUCAGGCAGUCAGAGGAAUCCUGAAGGCCACAGAGCUGAGCCGGGGUGCUUGGAGCAUGGAGCAGCCUGGCCGGGUUUGUAUUUUAGGAAGAGCAUUUUGGAGCACAGCAAAGGGGAACUAGAACUAGGACGAGGAUGCUGGUGCCUUGGGCUGGAGCCGGGAUCCUAGAAUCAGGGUACCUGCUGAGAGCAGAACGAGCAGCGUGCUGACUUGAUGCAAAAGCACUAAUCUUGGGCUCCUCUUCUGCCCUCUGUCCUGACCAGAUUGGGCCUCACAGCCUGUCAAGACCACAAGCCUUAAUUCACUUCUUAAAAUGCUUGUUCAGGGAAUUCCUAUUGUGGUGCAUCAGAAAUGAAUCUGACUAGUAUCCAUAAGGAUGUGGGUUCCAUCUCUGGCCUCGCUCAGUGGGUUAAGGAUCUGGUAUUGCCAUGAGCUUUGGCGUAGGUCGCACACUUGGCUUGGAUCCCAAGUUGUUGUGCCUGUGGUGUAGAAUAGCAGCUGUAGCUCUGAUUUGACCUCCAGCCUGGGAACUUCCAUAUACCCUAAAAAGCAAAAAAAAAAAAAAAAAAAAAAAAAAAAAAGCUUGUUCAAAGUCCUGAUUUCUAGCAUGGUCUAGUGAUGUGUUGGACGCAAGACUCUAUUAAGCCUCUAGGUGUCUGAUGCAUGGAUUCCACAGAGCGAUUUUUAAGAAAUAGUGUGUCAUGGAGUUUCCAUUGUGGCACUGCAGAAACAAAUCUUACGAGCAUCCAUGAGGAUGCAAGUUCAAUUCCUGCCUUUGAUCAGUGGGUUAAGGAUCUGGAGCUGUGGCGUAGGUCAUAGUCUCGCUCAGAUCCCGUGUUGCUGUGGCUGUGGUCUAUGCCAGCAGCUGUAGUUCCAAUUUGACCCCUAGCCUGGGAACUUCCAUAUGCCGUGGGUGCGGUCCUAAAAAAAAAAAAAGUAUGACUAAGGACUAUGCUUCCUGGAGUAUAGCAUUGAAUUCUCACAACACCCCUGUAACAGAAAUGUACGCUGCCUGGGUUAGGAAACCAGGCUCAGUAUGAUUCAGCACCUGGCCCAAGGUCACACUGCUGGUGCAUGUUAUGACUAGAAAAGUAGUCGCCCUUUUUUGUAGCUAGUCCUGCCUCCAUGAAGAUGGAAGGAACAGCUCUGCAAAAUUCCAAAAUCCUUGUUGCGUGUUCAUUGUCUCACGAAUGAACAUGACCCUUCUCCCAAAUCCAGGACUCUGUACAUCCCAUCUUGGAACAGAACCAGAAAUUUCCAUUAUGGCUGGCUUUUCUGGAGGAGAAGUUUAAUUUUGUUUCUUCAGGGUAGGAUUGUAAGUCCUGGAUGGGUAGGAAAUAGCCAUUAGGAAGGACAGAUUUGACCUUCAUCGGUCUUUCUGGGUUCUCUUUUUUUGCCUUUUUUUAUGUAAAAGAAGUUAAGAGGGUUAAGGGAUAGCAUCUUUUUAAAUCAUCCUUAGACCUGGAAACCCAGCCAUCAUGCCUCACAGAAAAUUAUUGUGCUUUCAGUUGCCAUGAAUCAUUUAUUUCUUAAGUGGCUCUUGAACCAAGAGUUGUGAAAAGGAUGUUGAGGAGCUGGAGGAGGGUUGCUGCGUGAAAAGCACACUGAUAAUUAGGAAUCUCAUGUCAAAGCAGGCUUGAAAACACAUUUACUUAAAUAAAUUAUCUGCCUGCCCCCAUCUGAACGUGUGGAGAAACUUCCAGGCUUCCAGCCAUGUUUUCUUCUGCUGUUAGGUUAUUGAAUUUGUUGCUCUGGAUUUCAUUUCAUAAUGAUGUUUAGGUUGGCCUGACUUUUAGGAAGGGAGGCAUCCCAUAUUAUCAGUUUGUUAAGGUUCCCAUAACCAAAUAGCACUGAUAGGGUGGCUUUAAAUGACAGAAAUUUAUACCCUCACACUUCUCAAGGCUGGAAGUCCAAAACCAGUGUGUCAGCAGGCUUGGUAUCCUCUAAGCCUCUGCUUGCCUUGCACCUGGCCGUCCCCUCGCUGCCUUUUCACACUGUUGCUCCCCCCAUCUCAGUGUGACACCUCUGUGUGUUGUUUUUUCCUCCUCAUAUAAGAACACUCAGCAGGAGUUCCUGUUGUGGCUCAGUGGAAGUGAAUCUUACUAGGAACCAUGAGGUUGAGGGUUCGAUCCCUGGCUUCAUGCAGUGGGUUAAGGAUCCUGCAUUGUCAUAAGCUGUGGUGUAGGUUGCAGACGUGGCUCGAAUCUGGUGUUGCUGUGGCUGUGGCCUAGGCAGCAUAUGUAGCUCCGAUUAGACUCCUAGCCUGGGAAUCUCCAUAUGCUGCGGGUUUGGCCCUAAAAAGACAAAAAGAAAAAAAAAAAAAAAGAAAGAAAAAAGAACACUCAGCAGAUUAGAGGAGAACCCACCUUCACGACCUUACGUCACUCAAUUACCUCUUCGAAGGCUGUAUCUGCAAAUACAGUCACACUCUGGGACAGUCACACUUAGGACUUCAACGUAGACAUUUGAGGGAAACUCAAGUCAGUUCAUAAUACACCCCCCGCCCUGGGAAUAUACAGAGGGAAGGAGCAUGAAAAAAGAGCAAGAGGGAGUUUCUGUCAUGGCUCAGUGGAAAUGAAUCUGACCAGCAUCCAUGAGGAUGCAGGUUCAAUCCCUGGCCUCACUCAGUGUUGCCGUGAGCUGUGGUGUAGGUCCCAGAUGUGGUUCAGAUCCUAGGUUGCUGUGGCUGUGGUGUAGGCUAGCUGCUACAGCUCCAAUUUGACCCCUGGCCUGGGAACCUCCAUAUGCCGUGGGUGCAGGCCAAAAAAAAAAAAAGAAAAAGAAAAAGAAAGAAAAAAUCCAAGAGCAAGAAAAAAUUCUCCCCAAGCCACCUGCCUCCAUCCUACCCUGCUCCUCACCUCUGCUAGACCCCUGCAGCAAGAGGAGGGGAGAAAUGACUCUGAGCCACAGACCAGCAGCUUUUUAAAUGUCAGCCCCACCCACGCUGGACUCAGUAGGAGCUGCCUGCCUCAGGCGUGAACCCAGUUUGAAUGAGCUUCCUGGAAGCUGAGAAAUGGGCUCUGUCUCCUUUGAAGCCUGACUGUUAAGCUUACUGCAGGGGAGAGAAAACACGAAGUCAUUCUCUUAUUUCGACAGCUGAGUGCAACUUCGGAACAGGGAGAGAGUGACUGCCAGGCCAAGAAGAAAGAGAGAACAUUCAUCAAAUAUUUCAAAGGGAACACAUCGCCAGCAUUUUGACUAUUUAUUUGGACAAACAUUUCUCCAAGGAGGACGCAGCCCUCUGCCCCCAUGUCACCACCUUGCAGCGACUGACGGACUCCAUCAGCCUGUGUCACUUCUGCCGCCAUCAUGGGACCCGAGGGCAGCUUGCUGAGUGGGGGACAAAUGCAGAUCGUCCUGUGGGAAAGCCUGGCGGCCGUGGCCACCUUCUUCCUCAUCACCUUCCUCAUCUUUCUGUGUUCCAGUUGUGACAGAGAAAAGAAGCCAAGACAGCACAGCGGGGACCACGAGAAUCUGAUGAAUGUGCCUUCUGACAAGGAGAUGUUCAGCCGUUCAGUCACCAGCCUGGCCACAGAUGCGCCUGCCAGCAGCGAGCAGAAUGGGGCCCUCACCAACGGUGACAUUCUUUCAGAAGACAGCACGAUGACCUGCAUGCAACAUUACGAGGAAGUCCAAACCUCGGCUUCGGAUCUGCUGGACUCCCAAGACAGCACAGGGAAGCCCAAGUGUCAUCAGAGCCGGGAGCUUCCCAGAAUCCCUCCCGAGAGCGCGGUGGACACGAUGCUCAACGGGAGAAGUGCCGACGGGGACCAAGGUCCAGGGAUGGAAGGGCCGUACGAAGUGCUCAAGGAUAGUUCCUCCCAAGAAAAUAUGGUAGAGGACUGCUUGUAUGAAACCGUGAAGGAAAUUAAGGAGGUGGCGGCAGCCGCUCCCCCGGGUCGAGGCCACAGCAGCAGGUCAAAGUCGGCUUCCGCUUUGAAAGAGCUUCCGGGGCCUCAGGGCGACAGCAAAACAGACUUUGCCGAAUAUGCCUCCGUGGACAGAAACAAAAAGUGUCGACAGAGUGCUAAUGCAGAGAGCAUUCUUGGAAACUCCUGUGAUCCAGAAGAGGAGGCCCCACCGCCUGUCCCGGUGAAACUUCUGGAUGAAAAUGAAAACCCGCAGGAGAAGGCGGAGGGUGAGGCCAGCGAAGAAAGCGCCGCGCAGGGAACCGGUGAAACCAACAAGAGAUUUAGUUCGUUGUCAUACAAAUCCCGGGAAGAAGACCCAACUCUCACAGAAGAAGAGAUCUCAGCCAUGUACUCAUCAGUAAAUAAACAAGGACAGUCAGGGAACAAAUCGGGACAGUCACUUAAAGCACUGGAAUCCACCUACACCUCCAUCCAAGUGGCUGCUCAGAGGUCGCCCUCCUCCUGUAACGACCUCUAUGCUACAGUUAAAGACUUUGAGAAAACCCCAAACAGCGUCAGCACACUCCCAGCAGCAGGGAGGCCCAGCGAGGAGCCGGAGCCGGAUUAUGAAGCAAUACAGACUCUUAACAGAGAGGAAGAAAAGGCCGCCCCGGAGACCAGCAGUCACCGCAGCCUUUGCCCAAAGGAGAAUGACUACGAGAGCAUCGGGGACUUGCAGCAAAGCCGGGACAUCACCAGGCUCUAGCAGCCAGACUGGAGGAUGGCUCAGCCAGCGUAGGACCAGCUGUCGGGGACAGUGCCGCUGCAGAAAAGAAGCGACGUCAGCCACUCCUUAUAUGCUGCUUUAGGAAACGGAAACGAUUGGAGACUCCAGAGCUGCUUGUCAGUUUGGGGAACAGUGAAGGUACAUACCCUGCUGCCAGGCCCUGGCACACCCCAGCACACUGCCCUUCCCGCCCCCGCUCCUUCUGGAAGGAUCUCAGCUGUCAGCAGCCUCGCCCUGUUCAUGAAGGAACCUUUGCAGUGCGGAAGAAGGGCUCUCAUCACAAACCACAGCUCACCUCCCUGAAACACUGCCAUUCUCCGGAGCUGGGGUUCCCUUUUGGCUCUCUGCUCCUAAUGGUAAAAUGAAUGGCUUUUUCCCCCCCUGGAAAUCUGAUUUAUAAUGGUUCUCUCCAAGGAUGUUCUCCCGCAAGGCUGGGCCUUGGCCUUCAGCACAGGUGUUUGACAGUGGUGAGAAACUGCGGUUGUGGUUUGUCAGCUCCCCGCCCCCCUCAAAGGGCUGCAGCUGGGAAUCGGAGCCCAGCGGCUGGGGGCUGCGAUGGGGGGGACACCGCUUGAGUUCCUUCGCGCUUCAUUCCUUCUGAUUUUGGCACUCCAUGUGUGCAGCCUCUCCCAGAGUACUUGAAGUCAUUUUUAGAUGCUUUAUUUUAUUUUUAUAGUCAAAAUGUUUUGGUCCCCCUGUAUUUGAAAGCCUUCAGAGCCUUUUCAGUAUUUUCAGUGAAUACUAUGGUACUUCUGUACUUGUUUUAGCCCAGAGCUCACUGCUCCAAAACAGAGAGCCUUAAUCUCUAUCUUGGGACACAGACCACACAUUUGGCUGGCAGCCACUGCAUCCAUCUCCCCAGGGCUUUGGACUUGAAUGUGUACUUCUGAUGAUCUCUGCUGCCACACCAAAACGGAGUGGAAUUUCCUAAAGGAACUGCUACCCUAAGGUAAUCUAUCUGAGAUUAAAAUAUAAACAUUUAUUUUUCUUACAUAAAUUUAUAAGGUAUUUUAUGUUUAACGCCUAAUUUCUAGAAAGUGCCAGAUAAAAAUGUAUAUUAACUACUUUGAUUUUUAUGUACAAUGAUUUAUAUUGUCAUUUUGAAAAGACACCAUAAAGCACAUAAGCUGGAUAAUUUCAAGUGGCUGUUACCUUUUUUCUUACCAAGUGUUUAAAACAUGGAAAGUUUUUAAAGACUCAGUUUUUCAAAUGGUACUUGGAGCCUCCUGGUCAAAAUCGUCUGGCUCCCUGAAGAAAUAAGUGGAGUAAACAUAAAUGAUGAUUUUCAGUGGUUUGUGGUGGGCAAUAUUGAAAUGUUUGAAACAGUAAAAAUGGAAAGAGGAACAGGGAUGACUAGGGCUGACUGUGAAUGUUUAACCUCAUGAAGGUAUUAUAAUUCCAUUAAGUUUGAGCCACGUUUUUAAGAAAAAGAUGAUGAAUUCUGCAGCCCAGUGCUUGCAAAUGUAAAUUGCCUAUUGGGAAUUUUUUCUUUCCCUUCAUUUUACAAAAAUUCAUGGCUGAAAUCACUCAGAUUAAGAGCUCAGCCUGGUUUGAAUUGAAUCAUCUCUUUAGAUUUUCUAAAGCCAACAUUGGGAAACUUGUUCACUUUUGAUUUCCAAAGGAACCUGCUUGAAGUGCUAUUAUGCCGUGUGGGCUUCAGAAAAGGAGCUUUUCCUUCACUGCUAAAGAAAAAACAAAAAGAGGCAAUUACUCUAUACCCCUGUGACAUCUGUGACUUUUCAGAUUGAAUAAUCUUGCUGUUUUCAUUCAUUUUGACAAAGAAUGCAAUUGAGACAAUGAAGCAUCUUGAAAAUUGUAGGGACCAGUUCCCUGGCAUGUUUUUUCCAUCCCUUGCAUUCAUGGGCUUGAUUUUGUGACUGCUCUGUAAUACAUUUCUGAAAUUGUAAAAUAGCUCGGUUGGGGUCAGUUGAUUGGUUGUGGUUAUUUUUCAAUCAGCCUGGUCUUUCCUGUGAAGACUCAUGUGCAGAAAGCACAAUCAUCUUUGAUGAGAAGCUCCUGGCAGAAUAACCUUGGAUGGGGAGGGAGUUUAUCAAGAAGGUGCAAGCCCCACGCUCUCGAAAUUCACAUCUUUCUUAAGCACUGUUUUGCCAGAUGAUUCUCACUGCUUAGUGUGACUGAAUCUAACCCAACAAUCUCAACGUCCUGGGGUUGCUUUAGUACCGGGUGACAGCCAUGUCACAGUGCCCACUUACUUGUGAAUGCUGCAGUUGUGUCCUUUGUGAAUACCUGACUGCUCAAAAGUUGUAUUUCAUGAUGUCUUAUUUAUUGCCAGAAAGUGGGUAUGAUCUCUAAAAGGCAAGACCAUUUCUAGAGCAAAAAGCUUUUUUUAGGUCAUGUUAUCUUGAAGUUUCAUUAUCAGAAUCCCCCCAGAAAUUUUGAAAUAAAAGGCUGUGCCAUAUGGCCAAUGAAGUAUGCAAUGAAAUCUCUCUCUUGAUUUGAGAAGCUGCACUAAGUUGUGACAUAAAGUGUCGAAAGGAAUUCUAGGGAGUUGCCUGGUUGCCUAGUGGUUAAGGAUCGAGGGUUGUCACUACUGUGGCUCCGGUUCCAUCCCUGGCCCGGGAACUUCCACAUGUCACAGGCAUGGACAUCAAUCAAUCAAUCGAUCGAUCAAUAAAAGACCUCUAGGAAAAAAAUCCUAAAAGUCCAUGAGGGUUGGGAUAGGGCUCUGCUCUUUCGACCAUUGGGUACCUUACUUAAAUAUAUUUACUGAUGUAGCAUCACAGUUUUGACUCUAUAGUGCAGUAUUUCAUGAAUUCCAUCCCUUUUUACUUUAUUUGUUGAAAGUGCUAGAAUCUUUGAUUUGGAAGCCUAUGGCUUCUUUUAAAAAAAAUUCAUCUUGAAUUAAAUGCUAUACAGUUUAAAUGUAUGAAAACUAAUUAUCAAAAAAAAGUUUACUGUAUCUUUAAAAUUCAGCUUUGACAUCCAUAUUAGAUAUUCAUUCAACUAUAAUAACCUAGAUUAUGUGAAAUUAUGCAAAAAGAUAAAAAGAUUUAGAAUUUUUUUUUUUUUUUUGGUCUUUUUGUCUUUUUAGGGCUGCACCCAAGGCACAUGGAGGUUCCCAGGCUAGGGGGUCGAAUCGGAGCUGUAGCUGCCGGCCUACACCAGAGCCACAGCAAUGCCAGAUCCAAGCCAUGUCUGCAGUCUACACCACAGCUCAAGGCAAUGCCGGAUCCUUAACCCACUGAGCGAGGCCAGAAAUUGAACCCGCAGCCUCAUGGUUCCUAGUCGGAUUCGUUGCCGCAGCGCCACAAUGGGAACUCCCAAUUUUUUCUGUCAUAAAUCAGAGUUAGAAGCCAUCUUGCCUAAAGGCAGGAUCUUUGUUUUUAUUCAGACAUUUUGAAAGUUUUGAAGAAUUUUUUUAUGCUGCUUUUACUGUUUCUCAAAUAUCAGCAGUAAAGUAUAACCUGUUUUAUGUGAAAUAUUUAAGGAAAUUCUGAAUUCUAGAAGAAAGGUGUUUUUGCAGAUAUGUUUGCUGCAAACCUUUUUUUUCCUGCCCUGCACUAAAUGAUAAAUGACAUCAUUAGGUCUAUUAAAGCUUGUGAAGGUACCACUCUCCUUUGUGGAGAAAAAAGGCUAAUUACUGAUUUAUCUGCCUUUGAAAUCCAAGAGUUAAUUCUGAUUGAGUGCUAAAUUAGCAAUAGGUAGUCAACACAAAGAACCAAAACUUAACAUCAGCAUGUCACUCAAUCUAUUUUUUGUAUUUGAUUUCAAUUUUCAAAUUAGAGCAUUUACUUACUUUUACCAGUAACUAUAUCAUGUGUGUGUAUGUAGUGUGUGUAUAUAGGUAGAUACACAAAAUACAUACAAACACACAUGUAUAUAUAUAUGCACAUGCAUAUAUAUACAUACAUAUAUAUAUGAAGUUGCUCUGGUACUUAGGAUACAUCCUGUUAUGUAUUUUGAAUGUUUAUUCUGCUAGUGUGAUGACUGUUGUCAUAAAAGCAGAACAGAAGAAAUGGUUCUUCAAUCAUUUUUAUUUGGUAAUUACAGGAAAACUUUAAGCUGACCUCAUUUAAUCUUUCAAAUUAAUGAAUUCAAAUUUUAAAUUAUGUACAUCAUUCUCUUAGCAGAAAAACGGUGGUGUAUUUGAAUAGUUUUAGUCAUGCAACUCCCUACAUGUCCCAUCUGACAGAAGGAAGUGAAAAUAGGUGUCCUCCUCAGACAGGUGUUUGAGAAGAGAUUUGGCAGAAAUCGACAAAAAGCCACAUGAGCCAGGAUGGCACCAUGGUGAGGUGACCCCACCACCACCACCACCAGGUGGCAGAAGCAGAAGCUCACAUGGGGACAUCUUAUUUCACUUUCUUUAGAAACCAUGAGAUUUUAGCACAGAAUUUAACAGGCAGCUGUAGAGAAUGGCAUGCAGUAGAGCUUCUCUGAUGGGGAAGUGAAGGGACUAUAGAAUCUCAGAGCUUGAGUUCAAGACUGACUUAGGAUUUUGUAAAUGAGUAAAUGCCAUUUUUUUUUCAGUGUUCCUGGUAAUGGUUAAUAUGAGUCCGUGUGGUCUAGUAAAGCCAUUCUUUUGAAAGUGUUGAUUUCUGGUACCCCAGCCAGCUUCGCUUUGGCAGCUGGAAGCACAGUAGGUAUGGAUGGUUAUUUCCUGGAAAUCUUGACAGGCGUACUGUACUGUGUCACUGGGAAAAGUUAAAGUGUAAUGUUUGGUGUUAAUAAAUGACUGAUGUGAAAAUAGGAACAUGCGUCUCUACUAUCAAAUAUGGCUUUAUUUGCAGUGAAGUCUAAAUGUCUUGUCCUAUGCUAGUACUUUCUUGCUCUGUAUUGUACCUUUUCUUCAAUACAUUAUACCUGACAGUGUCGUUAGACAAGUUGUACACACUUAGAAAAGUAUUUGACUUGAAGAGAUCCAUGCAGAAACUGUGCUAAAUUGGAAUCUUCAUCUGGAAUUACCAAAGUAAAUUAAAUAAAAUCAUGGUCCAGAAGAGAACAAACAUUCUUUUUUCUUCUCUAUGGCUCAUUUUAAAGUUGUGUUUACAUCCAGUCUCUGAUAUUUAUGAAGUAUUUUGUUGUUUUUUUCAGGUUCUUCUUUUCUUUAACUAGUAAGUUGUAGUUAAGGUUUUCUUAAUGCCAGAUGAAAUGAGACAUACAAUUUUUGCUUUUGAAAAAGGCAUUUGAAGUAUUCAAUUUGAUAAUAUAUUUCUCUCAAGGCAAUUAGAUUUUUAAUUUUUCUUGCUCCCCACUUAUAAACUGUAGGUGUUUUUGAAAACUGUAUUGUGCUCCGUCUCAGAUCACCUUGUGUAAUGAAUUAUAGAGGUUGGUAAUUGUCAUUCUUCAUAUUUCUGUAUGUUAAACUGGCAACAGGAAAAUGUCUUGAUGUUACCUUUUAAAUAUUGCAGUGUAUCAACAUGCCUCAUGUUUUCAGGGAAAGUUAGAAAUAUAAAUGAAUGAAUAGGAAUUUGCAUUUCAUUGUGCGUGCACUUUUUUCCCCAUAAAAAUACUUUCCCCCAAAAGUGAUAUGUUAUAUGUUAGGGAGUCCCAAUCAGUUUCAAAGUACUCCUCUUACUCAAAAAUACUCAAAAAUAAUUCAUGACAGUUGGCAUCACUCUGAUUCAUUGUCUCAAAAGGUCUUUGUGUUGGUCAACUUGUCCAGUUCACAGAGGAGCAGGAAAGUGGUUUUCAGUACUGGGAAUUUUUUAACCGCUGUCACUUCUCAUAGCGCCACCCCAGCCCCUCUGAGUCUGCUACUCUUAGGAUGUUCUAUUUCCUCCUUUCCAAUCCAAAUUACCCUCUUGGUAGCUCAGACCCUGCCUGGCAGCCCAGAACCAAUCCCCACCACCCGCAUGCAAACAGUUCUGGCCAGCUGACAUUUUUCAGCAUCACAAGCAGCCUAGAUAAGGAUAGAUCCACCCGCAGAAGCAGAUGCCAAGGGUUAUUUGUCAUGAAAUUUGUUAAACCAUGUACACUCUUCCUUAUAUCUUUCAUGAGCCUGGUUGGCACUAAGGGGCCAUGGAAAAGAACUUGUAAAAAAUUCUGUUGAGGGCGUUCCCAUUGUGGCUCAGCGGGUUAGGAACCAUCUUGUUGUCAUAUCUGGUUUUAUUUUGUUUUUUAACUCAAGAAGUGGGAAACCAUGAGUGUCAACAGACUCUUUCCUUUUCUUUUUUUUAAGUUUCAGGAGAAAAAGAAAUGUAAUUUUAGCUCCCCAUUGAGGAAGCAAAGGCUUCCCUGAAAGACAGCAGUGCCUUUCCUUAGGCGAAGAGACUGAAACCAAAGGCGUGCAUUGUGCUCUGAACAUUCCUUUGACAAGUUUUUCGUGUGUUUUUCAGGUAAAACCCAUAAGUGAACCUGACAGGAUGAUCAUGGCCCAUCCAGUAAGCUUGCUUGUUUUUUUCACAUCUUUUUUUGCUUUUUAGGGCCCCACCUGUGGCAUAGAGAAGAGUUCCCAGGCUAGGGAUCAAAUUGGAGCUACAGCUGCCUGCCUGCCUGCCACAGCCGCAACUACGGCAACACAGGAUCCGAGCUGUGUCUUCAGCCUGUGCCGAAGCUUACAGCAAUGCCAGGUCCUUAAGCCACUGAGCAAGGCCAGGGGUCGAACCUGCAUCCUCAUGGAUACUCGUUGGGUUCGUUACCACUGAGCCACGACGGGAACUCCUCUAUCCUUUCAAAUAGGAGCUUCUCUUGUUUUUCCUGGAGCCUCACUAGAAACUUAAUUCCUGUGGGCCCCUUGGUGGCUGCCUGCUCACAUCCUGGAAAACUGGCAGGACGUUUAGCAGUGCUCCCUUCUUGCGGAGAAGCUCGAAAAACUUGAGAAAGUUGAAUCUUACAUCCAAGUCAACAAGCGCUGGAGAGAGUUCUGUAAUGUCUCAUAUUUUGACACUUUGAAAAAAAAUUUUUUUUUUUUUUCUGAGUACCAACUAUGUCGCUGAUUGGGGUAGGGGGCAAUCAAGGCAGGGAUUAGAAGUAAAAUUUGAACUAAGAUUUCCCGCCCCUGCAUGCGUGACUCUGGAAAAUGUUUUAUUCCAACACGCUUCCUAGCACCCUGAGUCUGUCUCUUAAGGAACACUCUGUAAACAUGUAUAAGAUUGAGAAAAAUUAUCUCUAAAUUAUUGUUUAGGUAUUUUCUUCUUGGUGAACUCAGGAACAAAUCUUGUUCAUGGAUAGCAUAGUAUAGCUACUCCAGGCAAAAUCUGUAGGUAACUAGAGGCAUCCUUUCAAAUAUGUUUCCUUCUAACUUUUUUUUAAACUGGGGAAAGAAACGCUGCAUAACGAAAACACAAAACCAACAAAAGACUUCCAUGCACUCUUUCUAGACAAACAUAGCAUCAGUCUACCAUCUGGCCCAGAAUGUUUAUUUCUCACCUAGAGUAUUUCAACAAUUUUUAUGGGGGAACAAAAAGCACACUUUUUACUUCUUAGAAAUGUGAAUUGAGGUACUGAAUUAAAUUCUCAGAGGAGACAGUUUAAAGAGAAGCAUUGGUUUUGAAGACAGGCUCCUGGCUCCGUGGUCCCAGUUCCAGCAUUGAAUUUACUGUGCGACCUUGAACAAAUGAUUAACUACUCUGUGCCUCAGUUUCUCCAUAUACAAAAUGGGGAUAAUGAUACCAACCACUGCCUACCUCAUAGGGAUGUUAUGGGGACAAAUGAGAUACUAUAAAUACAAAUGCUUUGAACUCUGGAAGAAAGGUGCUAUAACAAUUAAAAUUGUGUUGUUUUUAAUGAUCCAAUUAUUAAUUAUGUUUAGGGUUUAAGUAAUAGCAAUAUGGUUAGUCAUGUUAAGAUUAAGUUUCAAUUUGAGGCAUAUUUAUGAUUCUCUUCUGUGGCCAGAUCUUGAUCAUUGAUCCAGUAAUGGUACCUAAGGAACUGAAACAGAUAUUUGUUUUCUGUGUUUUUCUGCUCAUAGUAUUUCUAUUCUGAAUGUUCCCGAAAGGCUGAAGUUUAACUUGUCAUAUCUUAUAGUUUACAUGUAAUGAACUUUAUUCAAGCUGUAUAUAAAAGUAUAAUUACAUGUAAAUAGCAGGUACCUUGUAAUUAAAGGCACUUAUCAAAUUGUCUUUGUUCUUUUUUAAUUGUAAUAAAGGUCAGUUUUCUAUAAAA